GACAGUCAGAGGAGCCCCAGCAGCCGAGGUUCACACGUCCUCACGGUGGAGACAUGUUUGAUAGCGCUCACUACCCCUUCAACUGCUUCAACUACGAUGGGGACGGAUACCCUUCAUCCAGCACGGACGAGGACAAGAAGAUGUGCAGACCUGCGUACAGCUACAUCGCUCUGAUCGCCAUGGCGAUCCAGCAGAGCCCCGAGCAGCGCGUCACUCUGUCGGGAAUCUACGAGUUCAUCAUGAAGAGGUUUCCGUACUAUCGCUCCAACCAGAGAGCCUGGCAGAACUCCAUCAGACACAACCUGUCUCUCAACAGCUGCUUCAUCAAGGUUCCUCGGACAGAGGGCAAUGAGAAGGGGAAGGGAAACUACUGGACUUUUGCCACUGGCUGUGAAUCCAUGCUCGACCUCUUUGAAAAUGGCAACUUUCGGCGUCGCCGGCGCCGGAGGAACAUGAAAAUCGGUCUCCGUGAUUCUGGAGAAUCCCCGUUCCACCCUCUGGAAAGCCACAACAAUCGGCACGUAGCCGCAGCCCGGCACCCAGAAUCUGACUCCACCCUCUGCCCGUUGAACCCUGACAGGCCGAGGCCGGGCCCACAGCAGAACCCCCUCGUCCCAAACCCCCCCCAGCAGGGGAAACCCGAGUCGGAGAUCAAGUUUAGCAUUGACUACAUCCUGUCCACUCCAGAUCCCCCCCUACCUGGGUUCAGAUCCUCCCACGGCCCCAUGCACAUAGGGCCCACAGGGCCGCCAUUACAUGUUCUGGAGUCCCAGCAAAUGAACCUGCACUUCUGGACUCUGUGAGAACAUGAGAGGAAAGACACAAAGAGACUGAACUGACAACUUGUCCAGAACUGGGAGGUUUGAGGACGUCCACAGACAAGAGAGAUUCCACCAGAGGAAUUUGACAGACUUUAAAAUAUACACGAGGAACAAAUGAAGAGGUACAGUACGGUGGGAUCAAGUCAUCAUGUGUUCAUGUUGUUAGUAAACUGUAAGUACAGUGUGCAGUGCUGACGUAGACUGUAGGUUUACGGUAAUCUAAAUAUAUUUAUAUAUGUAUAUAUAUGUAAAUACACUAGAGCUGUGAGGAUGAUGUGUUUAAAAUAUUUGUGAAGCCAACUCCAU